AUGAUAGACUCGGAUGGCAACUUAAUAAAAGAUGCAAUUGCUGUAUCUUUAAGUUUCCCUUUUGGGCAAGAAAGUUCGGAAGAUGAAGCAAUUGCAAUUUUAGGAGGUGGAGACAACACAAAUUCACAAGAAACUAAUCGUUCUGUUAAUGCAAAAGGUUGCGUAGUUAUUGGGAAAACAUAUUUUGGGAUAUAUUUUGCUUUUUACAUAACUCAACAUUAUUCAGAAAAUGAUAUAGUUUAUGAAUAUGGAGAAGAAAAAGAUGGAAUUAUUUAUCAUAUAAACCAGAUGGAACUGUAA